GAGCGCAAUUCCGCAAUACCACUUGCUGACCUUGUUUUUAUGUGAGAUAAGGCGUUCACUUUCAGAAUAAGUAUCAUUUGAUCUUGUGAAACAAAGGGUCUCACGUCGUCAUCAUGCAAGCUCUGGUCGUUUUCAUCUCGGCUUUAGUGGUGUGCUACGGUGCUACCACACAUCGUCCCCACAGCACGCACGCCCACACAGGGCACCACACAACCCAGCCGCAUGAACCCGGCGAGUUCGAGACCAUAUCGUUUCAGUUUUCGUUUCAAACGGGUCACCUCCUAGUAAAAGUCCAUCCCGACAAGAACACGCUAAACUGCUACAUCGCAACACUUAGUGACGCUGAGCACGCGCAGAUCCAUACCGACGCCGGCAUGAGGGCCGUUGAGUUGAGACUGCUCGCCGCGCUGUCUACAGCAACCAUGGUUACGGACAAGACGACUCUUGAUCAACAUGACGUUCAGGCCUGCGGUGCUCACACCACCAAAACACCCAGUUUUUACACCAUCAUGGCGUAAAUGGCCCGAGAGACCUUUACUGGUGUUGCGAAAUUGAGUAAAAUAAACAAAAAUAGUCU